AUGGACUAUGCUCAGUUCGGUGAUGUUGUGACAUUUGACACUACUUACAAACUAAAUAAUGAGCAUAGACCUUUUGGAUCAUUUGUUGGAUUUAAUCAUCAUCGAGAAACAGUUAUAUUCGGUGCAGCGUUGAUGUAUGAUGAGACUGCUGAAUCUUUUACAUGGUUGUUUCAAAUUUUUUUGGAGGCAAUGUCAAACAAAGCUCCGAAAACUAUUUUCACAGAUCAAGAUGUUGCGAUGGCUAAGGCCAUUCCAAUUGUCAUGCCCGAUACAAACCAUCGUCUUUGUACGUGGCAUUUGAUGCAAACUGCUGUCAAGCAUUGCGACCAAAUGCUUGAUAAGUAUGAUGCAUUCGACAAUCAUUGGUUGGAGCAGACUUUUCGCGUGAAGGAGAAAUGGGGAUGGCCAUAUAUUAUGAAUUCUUGGGCAGCUGGAAUGAGUACUACUCAACUUAGUGAAUCCUUUAAUGCAUUUCUGAAGGAUUAUCUGAAUUGUGACCAUAAUUUGAUGGAGUUCUUCAAGCAUUUUGAGAGGGUGCUUUAUGAGAAGAGGUAUAAGGAAUUGGAAGCGGAGUAUAAUUUGUCCCAAAAAUUGCCGAGGGUUUCAAUUCCAACUGUGAUGUUAAAGCAAGUGGCAGAGAUUUACACGAAAACUAUUUUUGAGGAAUUCCAAAAUGAGUAUGUGCAGUCCAUUGAAGCAUCCAUUAUAGGCACUACUAAUGAUGGUGAGAGCACCAAAUUCACAAUAAGAACAAUGGUAGAUGGGAAAAAAGAUAAGAUUGUGACAAUGGAUAGAGGGGGUUGUUUGAGUUGUAGUUGUAAGAAGUUUGAAGUGAAAGGCAUAUUAUGUCGACAUUGUCUCAAGGUGCUUAGAGAUAUAUUCAAUGCAACGGAACUUCCUCCACAAUAUAUACUGAAACGAUGGACUAAAAAAGCAGGGGCUGAACGAGUGAAAGAUAGACAUGGGUAUGAAGUGAAGGCUGAUGUCAAAUUACAUCAAAGUGACCGAUAUCGGUCAUUAAUGACCAUAUUUAGAGCAAUAGUGAGUAGAGCCGCUGAAAGUGAAGAAACUUAUCAAUUGUUAGUUUCAAAAGGUGAAGAACUGAGUGUAAUAGUUGAAGACAAAUUAAGUCUCCACAUUUCUGGUCAAGUGGAGGUAACUGAUUUGAGAAAUUCGCCAAGCAAUGCAUGCCCACAGAGUGAUGAAGUAGAUUGUCCAAUCCAAGCGAAGGGACUGAAGAAAAGAGAGUCAACUAGUAAGGGAAGAAGGAGGAUCAAAGGCGGGAUGGAAAAAGCUAUUGCAAAGAAGAAAAGGAUGCAAUCUAUUCAGGGUGGCGCUGAUUAUACUCCCGAAUGUGAAUCUCAGCCUCAUUUCCGCAUGGGUAAUAAUUCUAUUCAGUCGGGUGGCAUUGUUUACACUUCCCAAGGUGAAUCACAACCUCAUUUCGUCAUGGAUGGUAAUUCUAUUCAAUCGGGUGGCACUGUUUACACUUCCCAAGGUGAAUCGCAACCUCAUUUCGUCAUGGGUGGUAAUUCUAUUCAGUCGGGUGAUGCUAUUUAUACUUGCCAAGGUCAAUCACAAUCGCGUUUCGUCAUGGGUGGUAAUUCUACUCAGGACAUGUCAAUGUCAUGGGUUCAAACGUUGAUGCUGGAUGUUGCAACAAUCAGAGAUGCAAUUGUGGAAAAAGAAGCUGGCAGUGUUCAUAUCAGAAUCAGAGAAAAAUCCAGGAGGGUUGUAUUUAAGUGUCAAAUAGGAUGUGCGAGUUCUUUGGGUGGGGAACCGGCUUUGACGGGAAUGCAUCAGAAUUUCAAAGGCAAAAGUAAGAGCUAUCCAUAUGCAGAAUGA